GCUCUCGUCCUACGUCCAGAGAUCAGUGCUGCCCAUGGUGGCAUAGGUUUUCGUUCGGGAAUUAAGAAACGUACCUACUGUAGCCGGUCAAUAGGGUGUCGAGAGCAAAGGUUUGCUUAAUGAUAUGUCAGGGACAAGCGACCCAUCGUGCUGAUGUCACUGAAUUUUUAGGUCAGCCUACUUCAGUAUCAUUAUCUCUUUGUACAAAGGGAUCAGGUCAACCCUCGCAUACACGUAUCACAAGGAGUCGAUCACGGUUCACAAGAUAAAAAAAUCUGCAGUUUCAUUCCAAUAGCCACAACACUAUAGCGGACGGCUUGUGACGGACAUCGUUAGUACUAGUCUACUGCAUGUUCUUCCUGACUAAUCGAUAUGGCUGGCUACAGCGAACUUUUGAGCUUUAUGGACAUCCCGGUGUUUCGGUUGUAUGCGACUUACGCGGCCGCCGUCACCCUAAAGAUGAUGUUUCUGUCGGCUUGGACUGCGAGGUUCAGACUCUCUCGAAAGGUAUUCAUGAACCUUGAGGACGCAGAGGGUAAGAAGGAGAGAGUCAGAGAGGACGAAGAUAUUGAACGAAUUCGAAGGUGUCACCGUAACGACUUGGAGAACAUCGUUCCAUUUCUGGUCCUGGGUCUGCUGUACGUUCUGACCGGACCCAGCGUGUACGCAGCCGCCUGGCACUUCCGCGCGUUCGUGGCGUCUCGUUUCGCCCACACCGUGGUCUACCUGAUGCACGUGCCUCAGCCGACUCGCUUCCUCGCCUGCCUGGUAGGGUACGGCGUCAACGUGUCGUUUGCGGUGCAGGUGAUCAUGAACGGCCAACUGUAGGUUUUGGGAUUCGACAAAACACGAGGCGGAAUCCAACAACAGGAGGUCGGCUUGGGGAUUAGAUAUCAAGGAGGGGGAAAGGUUUGUUAAUAGAUGUCAAGUAAUUUCCUACUUUUGGAGGCCAUGAUGCACUCCCGUUUGCGCCAUCUAAAGUCUUUGAGAUCAGCCAACAAUCUGCGGAGAACUUGUGCUGUCAUCAGUGAACAUUUUAAAGCUAGUCUGUUAGUUACAGACGACACUAGAAUGACCGUCGAUCUGCGACCAUCAGAAAUCGCGAACUGGAACUGAACUUUAAAGCACUAAAUAAUCAUACAUAGUCGAGAGUGAAUCCAACUCGACAAACCUAAUCAAUAUUUAAACAAUAUUUACUGCAUGUCAUGACCAGCAGGGGCGGCGGAACGCUUUUCAAACUGGGGGGAAACACCAAAAAGGGGCACUUGCUCAGAAAACGGGCACCGUCGGUGUGAAAGUGACGAAAAAAGAAUAUGGUCCCGUUCAUUUUGCUAUAUAAACUUAUAUGACGAGGAACAAAAUAAUUAUGAAUAUGUUGUCCAUCUUUCUCUUUGUGUUUCUUUUACUUAGCUGUAGACAGACAGUUUUUUGUUCGCGCGAGAGGCAACCUCGUUCCCCAUGGGUACGAUCUUGCUGCGCCAUGUUGUUUCCCAUCAUGCCUUGAGCGAUCUUAACGAGCACGCGCCCAUGGAGUCGAGGCCGCGAGAGAGGCACUAUUAACCUAUCGAUAUCGCCGUUUGCAAGUAGCCACACCCCUUAGACAACCCUAUGGAGUUUGUGUACACUAAGUAUUGUUCGUCUCAAAUUUUGCGCGUUCCGCGUCCAUUUGUUUAUCAUAUAAUUGGACAAUAUCUAUGGACAAUAUUUCACAAGCUGCGUUUACGCGAUUCAUAACGCGAAUCUACCGCGAUAGGUCCAUUGCUUGCCAGUUCAACGACCGUUUUGUUCGCGUGAAGAGCACUAUUAUUUUUGGGGGCCAGUUUUCCAUCUUGAGAAGGGGCACAAUAAUUUUAAUGUUGCGAGCGGGGAACUAAUUGUGCUUUCGAGGGGCAGUUUUCCGUCUCGAGAAGGUGCACACUCUUGUUAAUGCGGGAGGAAACUUGUUUUUGGUGGGCGGUUUUGCAUUUACAGAGAGGAGACAAUUUUAUUUGUAGCGAUCACAUGUUUUCAUGAUGCGUGUGCGUUUGGGGGCAGUUUUGUUUUCAUCUCGAGGGGCACAUUUAUAACCGCGAGAGGGGAACGUUUGUUGUGUUGGGAACCCCCGCCCCCGGUUUCGCCGCCCCUGGACAUGACUUUAGUGCAACAUUAUAUUGAUGAUCACCACCUUCUGCAAUAUUGGUUUUCUGUCACUGUGUUUUGGUAGUUUGUUAACAACCUUCUGUUAUUAAAGGGCUACUUCUCGUUUUCCAUCAAAGUAAACACUACUGACAUUUACUUCCCAAUCGGACUUCUAUGCGUCAUUUUACUGGUGUCGAUGUCGUUUCCUUUCUCUUGUGACAACUUUGUGAUCAUAGUUAGUUACCGCUGCCUUGUCAUCUUUUGAUAUUAACUUGAAGAUCAGUCGAUGACAAACAGGAUUUUUGUGCUUACUUAUGAAGUAUACAAUAUACAAUAAUAGCGUGAUUUUCUUUAAUUCAAUGUUAUUAAAACAUUUUUAAGAAUAUGUAAUCUGAAUAUGUGAAACUUGUUAAGAAAACUGUCCAUAGCUACUUUGCAUAAAUAAAGGAAAACCAGAGAAAACAUUGCAAGGAAGAAAACUAGAACAGAAAAAUGAAAACCAACCAAAUGUUGAUUCAUAACGACUCACUUUUUUGUAUGAAAAUUUCAAUCUAUUUUUGUUAUUUUCAAUCUGGUAGGUCUUAAAUAUUGCCAGAUUAUCCUUUUAGCCUAUUCAGAACUUUAAAUUCAAAGUGUUUUUUUUUUAAUUCACUACCAGCGGCGUAGCCAGGGUUCUCAUCAUAGGGCAGCGAGUGGCUGUCCACCACUGAUUAUUCACCGUUCUACGAACCGAUGAAUGCCUAUUGAGUACAAUGAAACGUGGACGUGUAAUCUGUGCUGCUCAGCUCAAUAGCUUCUAAUGGCAUUCCAUAGACAGCCAUAUAAAUUGCUUCUUUUAAUAAAAAGUUCAUAACUCCUGGUAGCAUGGCUCAAUUUCAGUAAUUCUUGUUUGUUAGACAAGUGGAAGAAGAUGCUCUUUUCAGGUAUACCGUAUAUUCUUCAGAAAGUAAAAUCAUAAACUUUGCACUGAGCUAUGGAGCUAUUAUUUCACUUCCACCUUGUUUAUAGUUUAUAUUUGGAAGAAAUUAAAUCACUUUGUGCUUAUUUUGUUUGCAAUUUUCUAAUAAUAAUACUGACAGUUCUAUCAAAA